GCAAGAUCGCGCUGAUUAAUCUCAGUGGGUGGAGCUUAUUCACAGUCAACACUUGCGUGAUUAUCUGACAUCGCGAUGAAGUUAGCAAUCAUACUCGCUUGCAUUGUGACAUUCAUUUACGCGCAAUUUCCACUGACUGCUGAGCAACAGGAGCAGCUAAAGAAGGACCCAAGGUGCAGGAUUCCCUGUGCCGCUGGUCAAGUGAAGAAACUCAGCCAUCCGUACGACUGCACGAAAUACACGGAAUGCAGGAAUGGCGUUGUUACAUUCAAGGAUUGUCCGAGUGGCUAUAAAUUCUCAACUGGCUUGAAGGCGUGUGAGCAUUCAGCUGGUGGCGCAGGACAGGGCUGUCUCGCGUGUUUCCAGAGACGUCCAGUUGAUUAUUAAUUUCAAGGAAGCAUAAUAAAACUAAUUUGUGUUGUAAAUGAAAAAUCCUUGGAAACGUGAAAUAAAGAAAAAUGUGUGAAAUAAA